GCGCGCGCAGUGGUAAGCGUCGUGGGGCCCCGCGGCCAUGCCCAAGCGGGGCUUGCCCUUCGCGGACGUCGCCCCGCUGCAGCUCAAGGUCCGCGUGGGCCAGAAGGAGCUGAGCCGCGGCGUGUUCGGUGAGCGCUACGCCCGCGAGGUGUUCGAGAAGACUAAACAGCUCCUUUUCCAAGGGGCCCAGGCCUGCAGAGACCAUGUAUGGGGCGAAGACUGUGCCAUCGUCCACCUACCAGAAUCCCCAAAGCCUGGCCCCACAGAGGCCCCUCGAGUUGAGAGAAGACAAAUGCUGAUUGGACCUGAUGGCCGGCUGAUGAGGAGCCAAGCACAGGCCUCUGAAGCUGACCUACCCGUGGUAGCACCCAUCGCCUGCUCAUCAUGUGUGCGAGCUGUGGACGGGAAAGCAUUCUGCGGCCAGUGUGAGCGGCCCUUGUGUGGGCAGUGUGUACGCACCUGUUGGGGCUGUGGUGCCGUAGCCUGCACCCUGUGUGGCCUUGUGGACUGCAGUGAUGUCUGUGAGAAGGCGCUAUGUAGCAGCUGCGCCAUGUUUGAAGCCUGAGGCAGCUGUGGAUGGCAUCCUUCCCUGGACGGCACUUGGUGUUCCCACUGAAGAGGUGGAAUGGUUUUUUACAGUGUUUUUGUACUCCAUGACAAGUGAAUAAACCCCUUUAUAUUUGCACAAAGA